CAAAAACUGUAAAAGAAGUCAAACAGUUCUAUUUUUCUUUAACAAAUAUGGUCGAGUGCUCUACUCACUUGUGAAGUUUCGAGAAGAAAUGGCAUCCAUGAUAUUUUGUGCAAAAAUGGGUACAUUAUCGAAAAAGGCUUUCGCCCCACUUUAUAUAUAAAGCACAGAUCAACCACAGCCCAAGUACAAACACACCCCACGACAACACACGCACACACCCAAGGCGGAAUACAUAGGCGCUGAGCGCAGCAACACCACCCCUAACACUACAAGAGCAAUCGGGGACCUCCACCGUGAACACGCCACCGCGAAAAGAUGAAGUCGCAUAUGACGAACCGUGAGCUCCAAGGUGGCGCCUCCAAAAAGGUUACGACGCUAGCGCGCCGCCACCGCCUGACCCGGGGGUCAGAGUUUCCCCUGGAGCGACACGAUGACCGGUGAGAGCCGCGACGCCGCCUUCAAGAAGGUAACGCGCUACGCCGCCGCCGGUCCGUCCGAGGAUAGAACAGGUUUUCCCCCAGCAAACACUCACCGUCACCGAACGCCACACCCCUGCCACCAUGCCGCCCACACGGCCAUGGUCACCGGGCAGCACCAAGCCACGGGUUCUGCCCAUGAGCACCGCGCUACCACCACCAGGGCCGUCGCUCCGGCAUCCAUGACCUUGACACCACCGCACCCGAGACCCGUUGCUACCCCAACCAAAGAGACGAGUGGAAAGGUCGCUCCUUUACACACCCCUGGACGGCCCCUGGCGCCGAGACCCAAAGGGCCGGCCCAAAAAUGGCCUCCAUCACCCGUCCUGCUGCACCGGGUGCAAGACAAGCUCGGUCCUGCUGCCGGGCGCGAGACGAGCUCUGUCUCGCAGCCACGGGCGCGAGACGAGCAAUGGACCGUAACUGGGAGCGGUCCAGCCCUAUGACAAGGGUAGAGCCCGGACGACGAGGGGAGGAAUCGAAGGUUGAAAAAAGCCUCUCCAACCACCAGCCCGGCCAGCUUCCAAAUUCCAAGCUGUAUCGACUCGUUCGUGCGUGGUAAUGGUCGCCAUGACGGCAGCUGCACUCUGGAUGGAUCAACACGUGUUGUGUGAUUCCAGCAGCAGGUCCUGGUGCUGAAUUCAAAGGAUGCGCGCGCAAUUUAGCUUGGCAUCCGCGAUCCAACUCAUCCGAAGCUGCUUAGCGAUGGAGCGCCGUGCCCAGCAAGGACAAGCGUCCGGGCGCGCCGCCGCAUGGUGGGGCGCGCUCCUUCUCUUCCUGCUCAUGUCGUCCUCACAGCUGCGCGGCGCGAGCUCCGCGCCGGGCGAAGCCGAGGCGCUCGUGGAAUGGAAGAGCAGCCUGCCGCGUCUCGCCGCUCUCGCCUCGUGGGACCGGGAGGCCGCCGCCAACUCCACCUCCGCAGCGUGCUCGUGGCACGGCGUGUCGUGCGACGUCCUCGGCCGGGUCGUGAGCGUCGACGUGUCCGGCGCCGGCCUCGCGGGCACGCUCGACGCCCUGGACCUCUCUCAUCGCUGCCCAGCCUCGGCAGCCUCAACCUCAGCUUCAACUCGCUGACGGGAUCGUUCCC